GCCAGCUGAAUUUAAUGGCAUAUCUGUUGGUGUGCUGUUGAGGAACGCUAUCUUUCUGGUUCCCAUUGGACCCUGUGCACCUCGGUGCUAAUGACUGUGACGUAGCGAUGCGUGUGCCCUGGCAGAGUUUGACUCUAAUAUCUACCUGGUGACAGACCCUUGAACCUUUUCAUUUCUGUCACUGGACUAUUCCAGCCCCUGCACACCCUAUAUUAAAGUCAGCCAUGCUGGAUGCAGCUGAUUAACAAGUAGCGUGGGGGGGGGGGGGGAGAGAACUCAAGUUUAAAGACUGCCAUGUUUGUGUUAGAAUGAGAAAUUGAGCAGAGGAGAAGUGGAAAGCAAGUGAGACUGAAGGGGCCAGAGUGCGUGUGUUGGUGACAGAGAAGAAGAGCCAUCCUUUCAGUAGGUUGGCGGGACCUGAGGAUGACGAGCCUGUUCAAGCGCAGCAGCAGCAAUGGAGGCUCCGGAAGCGGUGGAAGCGGUGGUGGGGGCGCCAGUGGUCACGGGCAGCUCAACAACAGCAGGCCCAACCGGCAGGUCCGACGCCUGGAGUUCAACCAGGCCAUGGAGGACUUCAAGACCAUGUUCCCCUCCAUGGACUAUGAGGUGAUAGAGUGCGUGCUGCGCUCCAACAAUGGAGCGGUGGACGCCACUAUCGACCAGCUGCUCCAGAUGAGCAUCGACGGACAGGGCUCAGACGACAGCUCAGACUCUGAUGACAGCAUUCCACCAGAGAUCCUGGAGCGAACACUGGAACCUGACAGUUCAGAUGAGGAACCACCUCCAGUCUACUCCCCACCAACGUAUGAUAUGCACAUUUAUGACAGGAAAUACCCAGAAGCCCCACCAACGUCCCCGCCAAGAUUUGAAGCCCAGCCCCCACCAGGUCACCAGCAGGUCAGAAGUUACCGCAACUGGAACCCUCCUUUACUUGGAAAUCUCCCCGAUGAUUUUCUGCGGAUCCUGCCACAGCAGUUGGAAAGCAUAAAGGUAAAAAAUGUCCGCAUGUAGAGUAGAUGUUAAAUGGGUGCAUUUGGUUUAAUUCUUCUUCAAAAUGUACUUACAUUUUCAUUUUGUCAUAAAAUAUACAUAUGCAUUAUGAAAUGUAGUAUAGAGUGUAUAGUGUUGGUUGUAAAAAUAAAGUGCUUUGUAAACAGAAAACACGAACAAUACUGACCAACACUCUAACUGCCAGGCUUCAGCAGCUACAUUAACUCAAGCACAGUAGCUUAUUCAAGUGACUACCAGCCAAUGGUACCUACUGUACAGCCAGGGAUAUCCUUAUCAAUCACUGAUGACUUUUAGUUUGUUGGCUCAUUUACCGCCAUGAGGUCACUGAUCUGGCUGUCUGAUCACCUGGGCAGCAUCCUGCAGCGAUGUCUUUAAAUUGACUUAAAUGAUCUGUUUUGCUGUACAAGGUGAAAGGACUAUUUUUGUUUCCACAAAGUUAAGCUAAUGACUUUCAUUUGUUUUCAUUCUUUUUUUUUUUUUUUUUUUUUUUUUU